GUUCUAAAUGAUAGUUUGAAUUAAAUAGUUUUUAUAAUGCUAUUAAACUGUCACUCUUUAAAUAACUAUGCGAUUGUUUAGAUGGCUAUGAAGUUUUCAAAUAGUUAUGAUUGCUUAAAUAGCUGUAGCAGUCUUUAAAUAGUGGUGCAAUCCAUUAAAUAGCUGUAGGAUUGAUUAAAUAGCUAUGGUAGUCUUUACAUAGUUCUGCAAUUCAUUAAAUAGCUAUGAAGCAUGCUUUAAAUAGAAGAAUGUAUAAUUAAAAAGUAUCUGUUUUGAGAAGCUACGAAAAAAACAAUUGUUUUGAUUUUAUUUAGCUGCUAAUCAAUACACAUUAGGUCAUUUAUUAUUAAAUGGUUAUUCAAGCAAAGAUAUUAUUGCAUCAUGGUGUCCUGGUAUUACGCUUGCACAUUUAAUUGUUGAUGAUUCAAAAUGUAAAGAGACAAUAUUUAAAGUUGUAUUACCAGUUGAUUCAUCACAAACAGGUGUUAAAACAUUAAUCGAAAUAUCAAUGGAUAUAUUACAAAAUUCUUUAUCUUCAUUGCAUACUCGUGUUGUUGUACUGAUUUUCCUGUCUUCAUUGUUGUCAAAUUCUUCAUCAGCAGUUCAAGCAUUACUUUCCGUUCAAAAUGGUGUUUCCUAUAUUAUUGCACAUUAA